AUGGAUGAGAAGUUGGGUAUUUUCAUUACGCUCUCUGAUAACGAAGAAUAUCACGUCGUCUUCGUGGAGGAAAAAAAUCAAACGUUACCCCAAAUGUUUUUCUUUUUCAUUAGCAUAAACAAAAUUAAGAAAAUCAAAAUUCACGUAAGCAUUACAGAUAAUUUUUUCCUAACAUUUGAAAGAGAUGGAUUUAAAACUUCAACAGCCAUUCAACAUGCCUAUUUUAAAAAAGCAGAACAAAAAAUUCGGUGCAUUUACUCAAUUUGA